AUGGAUGCAGAAUAUGAGAAGGGGAGAAUCAAGGAGCUGCAAGAGCAGCGGAUGGCCGUACAAAAGAAGACCUUCACAAACUGGAUUAACAACGUCUUCUCAAAACACAAGGUGGAGAUUGAGAUUAAAGAUGUCUACACAGAGCUAAAGACUGGUGUCUAUCUUAUCCGACUGCUGGAGCUCAUUUCUGGGGAAAAGCUUCAGACCCCCAGCAGGAAGACCCUCCGUGUGCACUGCCUAGAAAACAACAGCAUUGCUAUCCAGUUCCUUAAAACAAAGAUUAAAGUGGAUUUGAUUGGGCCAGAGAAUAUUGUUGAUGAAGAUCGGACCAUGAUUUUGGGCCUAAUCUGGAUCAUCAUCCUCCGUUUCCAAAUUGCUGCCAUUACUUUGGAUGAGGAUGAGUUUGUUGCCAGUGCAGCCCGUCGCUCUGCAAAAGAAGCUCUCCUGAUUUGGUGCCAACGUAGAACAGCCAAGUACUCAAAUGUCAAUGUGCAGGACUUCUCCAGCAGCUGGCGGGAUGGCUUGGCUUUCAAUGCCCUCAUUCAUUUUCACAGGCCAGAUCUAGUUGACUAUGAAUGUCUAACACCAAAGCAGCCUCUACAGAACCUCAACUACGCCUUCAACAUCGCCGAAACAGAACUGGGUAUUUCCCGACUGCUCGAUGCUGAAGAUGUAGCAGUGCCUCAGCCAGAUGAGAAGUCCAUCAUGACCUACGUCUCUCUUUACUACCAUUACUUCUCCAAGAUGAAGCAGGGGCAGACAGGACAGAAGCGGAUAGCCAAGAUUGUUGGCCUCUUGAAAGACAUUGAUGACCUCAAGCAGCAGUAUGAAAAGAUGAUUUCGGAUCUUCUCCGGUGGAUUAAAACAAAAGUGGUGGAGCUUAGUGACCGCUGCUUUCCCAACUCACUGCAGGGCAUGCAACGAAUGAUGGCAGUCUUCAAGACCUAUCGUACGGUGGAAAAACCACCAAAGUACCAGGAGCGAGGAGCAAUUGAAGCCCACCUAUUCAACCUCAAAACCAAACUGCGCGCAAACAAUCAACGAGCCUACAUCCCACCAGAAGGCAAAACACUUGGGGACCUGGAAAAACAUUGGGGGAUUCUAGAACGGGCUGAACAUGAGCGAGAACGUGCCCUCCAGAUGGAGUUACUUCGACUUGAGCGGCUGGAACAACUGGCACAGAAAUUUGAGCGCAAGGCGAAACUUCGGGAAGCCUACCUGAAUGAGACCUGUAAGUUGCUUCAGCAACAGGACUUCAAGGACUUUGACAACUUGCAGGAAGCCGAAGCGGCCUCCCGUAAACUUGAGGGCUUCAUUACUGAUGUCCAUGCCCGAGACCAACGAUUCAAAGCAUUGAAGAACAUGGCAGCUGUCAUUGAGAAAGAAAACUACCACAGCAAGUUCAAGAUCAGCCAGAGACAGGAAGAGAUUGAGUUACGGUGGAAAGAACUUUUACAGGUGCUGCAAGGGCACAGAGAGACUCUUCAUAAGAUUGUCAAGACCCUGGUCCUGCUGAGAGACAUUGAUGUUGUGAAGGCUGACCUUAUUGAGCUGCAGAACCAUGUCAUCUCAAAUGAUUAUGGUAAGCAACUGGUUGACACAGUUGACUUGCUGCAGAAGCAAAACCUUUUGGACUCUCAGAUCUCUUCUCAUGGAGAAACUCUGCAAAGCAUUAGCCGAAGAGCAGCAUCCACUAAAGACCAUCGGGUCCAGGGGAAGGUCCGUGAGCUCAACCAACUAUACGAUGGCCUACUGUCCCAGAGCAAGAUUCGGAAGCAGGCAUUGCAGGAGCAGCAGAACCUCUUUGAAUUCUUUCACAACUGUGAGGAAGUUGAAUCGUGGAUUUAUGAGAAGUGGCAGCUGGUCCGCACUGCUGAUCUUGGCAGAGAUCUUAUCCAGAUUUUUGUUACUAUCAACAAGCAAAAGGGCUUAGAGGCAGAGAUGCACUCCUAUCAAACAUUCUGCAAUGCGGUGGUGCAGAGAGGUCGCAAUCUCUGCCGCAGAGGCCACCCCAAUGAGGCAGACAUCAGGAAGUGGACAGACACCCUGCAGAAACAGUGGCAGCAGUUAAGAGACGAGAUGGCCAAUCGUAUGGCGCGACUGCAGGCAGCAAGCCUCAUCAAACAGUAUUUUGCAGAUGUAAAUGAUGCCGAAUCCUGGGUACGAGAACGCCUGCCCUUGCUAAUGAGUGAUGACUGCGGGAAAGAUGAAUCAAGCGCAGAUGCUCUGCUCCAGCGCCACCUGCGCCUUCAAAAGGAGAUUGCAGCCUACUUGUCAGAGAUGAAAAGACUCCGGGAACAGGCCGAGUGUGCCGCCACACAGAUCCCGCUGACUUUCCGUGAAAGUACCAUCCUGACUAAAGCAAUUGCCUUAUCAUCUCACUCCAUGUGUCGGCUCAGAUGUAACGUCUGGUAUAUCCACGACUACAAGAAGAGUCUUUUCGAAGAAGCCCUCAGAAUUUCAGAUCCUGGCCAUAUUGUAACAGAAGCAGUGUGUUUGACCAAAUACCUUCUCCGCCUGCAGGAGGAGCCGCAGGAGAACAAGAAAGCCCAGGACAGCCCGUCCUCAGAAGAGGAGUGUGAUCGGGGGAGACCUGUGAUGCGGAGGGCAGAAAGGGCUCAUCAAGCGAAGACCACCCGUCCGCUGCAGGCCAGGAUGAGAUUUGGCUACAGAGCCGAUGAUGUGGUCCUGAAGCGGGGUGACAUCCUUGAAGUGGAGAGCAAAGGUAAUGGUGACAAAUGGCAGCUGAAGAACAGCCUGGGACAGACCGUGCUCGUGCCAGCUACUUACCUCACUGAAAUGCCAACCCAGACAGCCACUGAAGCUGCAGUUGAGAACGGCGUGCAGAAGAAUUCUCCAACAAAGAUAAGCCGGCCUCGGCGGCGCAGGUCAAUGCGACGCGGCACUGCAGAGAUUCAGUUUUCCAGCUCAGGGGGCCGCGACCCAGACUUUGAUGCCAACACCAUCCUCAAUAAGCAGAAGGCACUGGACAGUGACUUUGACAAAAUGGUGGAAAUGGCCCAGACGCGAAGAACGGCACUGGAGGAGAGGGUCCGGCUGUAUCGCUUCUACAAUGUCUGCCGUGACUUUGAAUCUUGGCUGGAGGACAAAGAGAAGGUCCUAAAUGCUUUCCUGCCCAAGUCAGGAAAUGUGGAAGUCAUGCAGAUGAAGUACGAGAAUUUCCUGACAGAGCUGGCUGGAGGGAAGGGGCGCCUACAGGAGAUACUGCAAACUGCCCAAGCACUGUUGAAGAGCGAUCAUAGCCAGGCCCAUGAGAUCCAGGCGAGGCUGGCCGAAGUCCAGCAGAGGUGGGAUCACAUUCAGUGGCUGAAGGAUGAGAAGGCCAAAGAGCUGCUGGGCACUGCCGAUGUCAAGUCCUUCUUGCAAAGCUGCCAGGAUGCACAUGCGUUGCUGGAGGACAAACUGGCACAGCUAGAGGGCACCCAACCCUUGGCACUGGAGACGGAGCUGCGCAGGCAAAACCAGAAUGAGAGGGAAAUCCAAGUGCUGGAGAGCAAGAUUGCAUACCUCAAAAACAUGGCCAAAAUGAAGCAAGACACCAGCCCUGCCGAGAGUGCUGUCAUUUUGAAUGAAGUCCGCAGGCUGCAGCAACUACUUGAGCGCGUCCAGAAGGAAGCCGCUCAUAAAAAGAAAACCGUGGAAGAUAGUUUACACCUUCAGAAGUUUUUGCAAAACAGUAAAAAUUUGAGUCUCUGGAUAAAGGGCAUGCAGGAGCGGUUGGCAGGGGAGGAAAGCGGGUCUGAUGUGGCAUCAGCGGAGACAUUGCAUAAAGAGAAUCGAGACCUCUGGGAGGAAAUUACAAGAGAGGGGGAGAGGAUGAAGGAGCUGAAAGAAAUGGGUAACUUUCUGGUGCGAGCCAUCCCCAGCAAAGCUUUCGAGUUGCAUCAGACCCUAACAGAGCUGGGCAGGGAGUGGGCGGAGCUUAAUGAGCAAUGGGCCAGUCGUGACAAGAAGCUGCAGGGAGGGGUGGAGCUACAGAAGUUCAACCGAGAGGCGGACCGCAUUGAGGCGACAGUGUCGAGCCAUGAGGCAAGGCUGAAGGUCGAGGACCUUGGGGACUCUGUGGACAGUGUGCAGAGCCUUUUGAGGAGACAAGAUGAGCUGGAGGACCUGAUGAAGGCACUCGACCAGAAGAUUGCGGCUCUAGAAAAACGAGCAGAGAAGCUCCGGCAACAAGGUCACUAUGCUGAGAAAACGAUAAAGCAGAGGGUGCAGGCUGUUCAGAACAGGAGGAUGCAUUUGGGAAAAGCAAGUGAAAGGAGAAGGAAGAUGCUGCAGGCGUCGCAGAAAUUUCAGGAAUUUAACCGUGAUGCUGGGGAACUUCACUUGUGGAUGGAGGAAAAGUUUAAAAUCGCUGAGGACGAGUCCUAUAGGGACCCAACCAAUGUGCUGCGCAAACUGAAAAAGCACGAGGCUGCCGAGCGGGAGAUGAGCGCCAAUGAAGUGCGCUUGGAAGAACUGAAGCAGGCAUGUGAAACCCUGUUGGCUGAUGGACAUUAUGCCAGUGACAUCAUCAAAGAGAAGACAAAGGAGGUGUGUAACAGGUGGCUGGCACUCCAGCGGAAGAUGAUGGACAAAGGAGACAAACUGCGGCAGGCAGGUCAACAAGAGCAGCUAACUGAGCUCCUGCAGGAAGCAAAGGAGAACAUUGAAGCCAUUGAAAAGAUGUUGCAAAAUGCAACUGAAGGGCAUGACCUUCGAUCCAGCCGGCAGCUGCUGAAGGAGCACCAACAGCUCGAGAAUGAGAAACGUGAGCUGUCUGAAAAAAUGAACACCAUCAUGUCUCAUGCUAAGAAGAUGGCUACCAACCAUUUCAACUCCAGAGAAAUCCAAAAGGAGACACAGGCAUAUCUCCAGCGCUUUGAGUCCCUACAACAACCACUGGAUAAGAGACGGGCACAGCUGUUGACCUCAGUUGCUUUUUAUGAGUUCUGUCAUGAUCUGGACCUGGAGCUCAGCUGGAUAUCAGAGCGCCAACCUUCAGCCAGCUCAUCCAACUAUGGCAGAUCACUGGACUCAGCUCAGAGUCUGCUGCAGAAGCACAAGGAACUGCAAGCAGAGGUCAGUGCUCACAAACAGCACAUUCUACGCAUCCUGGAACAGGGGUCUUCUAUGAGCCAAUCACAGCAGUUUGCAGAAGCAGAUAUCACACAGAGGUGUGAAGAACUGCGGAAAGCAUGGGAUCUGCUGGAGGAAAUGUGCAAAGAAAGGACAAGAAGGCUGAAGCAAUCUGUGGCCUUGCAGCAGCUCCAUCUGGAAGCAGCAGAGUUGGAGUCCAGAGCCGCUGAGAUCCAUUCACUAGUCAGCAGUGAUGACUAUGGCAAAAACAGCUCGGCCACCCUUAACCUCCUGAAGCAGCAGAAGGUCCUGAAAAGUCAGAUUGAAGCUCUCAAUAACCAAGCCCUGGAGCUACAGAAUGCCAUGGACAAGGCUGCACGUGGUGUCUUUGAACUUGGCUUUGACGAGGUGGACUGGCCACAGGAUCGCAUUCAGAGCCAGCUGAGCAAACUGCAUCACUUGGCUACCACACGGGCGCAACGCUUGGAGGAAGCUCUCCAUUUCCAUGAGUACACUCGAGAGUCUUCAGAACUGGAAGAAUGGAUAGCUCAGCAGUGCCAGAUAGCUGCCUCUGAGGAUUAUGGGAAUAAUUAUGAACAUGUUCAGCAACUGAGAGCAAAGUUUGAAGGGUUCCAGCGACAGGUGGAGUUGGGAGAGGAGAGGAUCAAAGCCUGUCAAGACCUCGCCGAUUCUCUUAUUGUCCACGGGCACCCGCAGUCCAGGGCCAUCCAGCAGACUCAAGAUCAUCUGAGAUCAGCCUGGAAAGAGCUUCUGGAACAGACCCGUGCCCGAGGAGAGACCCUGCAGGCUGCAGAGACGAUUCACAAAUGUUUCAGGGACCUUACAGAUGCUCUGUCUCUUAUUGAGGAGAAACAUAAGAGCAUCCCUGAUGAUAUCGCCAAAGAUUUGCAUGGGGUACAAAAACAGCUACGCAAACAUGAAGAGCUGGAGCACGAGCUGUCUGGCAAUGAGCAACAGCUUCAAGAGCUCCUGGACUCAACAGAUCCAGUUAUAGGCCUCUGUAGCCCUGAUGAGGCCACUGACCUUCAGAAAAUACAGCAGAGGGUGGUGGAAACCUGGGAGGACCUGAGAGUGCAAGUAGAGAACAGACGAGAGGAAUUAGAGCGGGCCAAAUCGCGCUUUCGUUUCUUUAACAAGGCCAAUGACCUUACAUUAUGGUCAAUGGAGGUACUUCAUGGAAUGAAAGCAGAUGAAUCCAUCCGUAACAUGUCCACUAGCAGUUUGAGACUGAAGCAGCACCAGGAGCUCAAAUCUGAGAUGGACAGCCGUGAACCGACUUACAAGCAAAUCAAUGCUUUUGGAGAAGAUCUUGCGCAACAGGAUGUUUCUGGAGCCACAGAGGUCAGAGAGAAACUGGUAGCACUCCAGGAUGUGUGGAAUAAUCUUCAUAAGCACUGGGAGAUGAAGCAACAGUGGCUGGAGGGCGUCUUCCUGGAGCACACCUUCUACAGAGACAUCGGCCACAUGGAAAAAGUGCUGAACUCACAGGAGAUCCAGCUAAAGAGCAGUGAUCUGGGCUCUUCAGUAGAUGAGACUGAAAGGCUGAUAAAGAGACAUGAGGCCUUUGAGAAGCUGCUGAACUCUCAGGAAGAGAAGGUGGCUGCUUUUGAAGACCAAGCUAAUCGAUUGAAGAGAGAGGGUGUGAAGAUAGACAGUGCUAAAACUAUUCAACACAAGCUGAAGACUAUUCUGGACCGCAGAAGGAGGAUUGUGGAGCUGUCGGCCUGGAGAAGAGAAGAGCUCAACAAGGCCCUCUUGCUGGCCGUGUUCAAUCGAGAUUUGGCUGAAGCAGAAGACUGGAUCUCUGAGAGACUGCAGAAGCUCCAGGAAGACUCCAAGGAGGAUAUGAAUGACCUUCAGGUGAAAAUGAAGCUGCUUCAGAAACACCAGGCCUUUGAGGCAGAGAUUCUUGCUCACAAUGAGAUCAUCACUGCUGUGCAGAAGACUGGUGAGAAGAUAAUUACUUUACGACAUCCGAAGUCCUUUGAAGUUCGUCAGAAUGUAAGUGCUCUUCUGGACCACUGGGCGUCCCUGAAAAGAGCUGUGGCUGAGCGAGGAAAGGUGCUAGAGGACAAUCGGGACUUCCUGGAGUUCCUGCAGAAGGUGGAUGAAGUGGAGGCCUGGAUCCGCCAGAAGGAAGUGAUGAUUAAUGUAGGAGACAUUGGCACGGAUUAUGAACAUGGGCUUCAGCUGCUGAAAAAACUCAAUGAAUUCCGGAGUGCUGGAUCUCGGGAUACAACUGUGGAUGAUGCACACAUCAAAGCUAUCAACUCACUGGCUGCCAAGCUAGAGAAGCAGAACCGUAAGGAAGUGAGCACCGUGAGACAACGUCGACAAAGACUCAAUGACAGAUGGAGCAACUUCCAUGGUAGCCUUAACAGGUACAGAAUGACGCUUGAAGGAGCAUUGAAGAUUCAUGCGCUUAUCAGGGAACUGGAAGAUAUCCUGGAGAGGACUGGGGAGAAGAGUUCGCUAAUGCAUGGAAAGGACUACGGGCAAGAUGUUGAAAGUGUGGAAAUCCUUAUCCGUCAGCAUGAAGAGACAGAUCGUGAAAUCAAAGUGAUCCAACAUAAAGCAAAGGGGCUGGAGAAAGAAGCGAGAGCCUUGUCAAAAAAACAAGCUGAUCUGGAAGAGAAACUGAGUAAAAAGCAGCAGGAAGUAAGGGAUGCUCUGGCUCAGCUGGAAAAAGAGGCCAAAUUUCGUCAGGAGAAGCUGCAGGCCUCACUUCAGCUGCAGCAUUUCAAGGCUGACCAGCAUGAACUUCUGGACUGGGUGUUGGCAGUCACCGCUUUAAUGGCCGACAGUGUUUUACCUAAAACCAAAAGGGAAGCCGAGGGCCUCAUUACAGAGCACCAGGAGAUAAAGGCAGAGAUCGAUGCUAGAAAGGAACGCUUUGACAAAGUGAAGAGCUCCGGUCACCGACUCAUCACAAAGAGCCACUACGCCUCCUCUGAAAUACGACAGGAUCUAAGCCAGCUGGAGGACGUGCAUGUGAAACUUUACAGCAGUUGGAAAGACAUGAAGAAGCGACUGGAUGAAGCGCUGGAGCUCCAGAUAUUUUAUGGCUACGUGGAGCAGAGUGAGAGCUUGUUGGGCAGCAGUGAGGCUUUCCUUAUUAAUGAGGAUCUCGGGGACUCUCUGCUAAGUGUGGAAGUUCUCCAGAAGAAGCAUGCUCAUUUUGAGAAGUCAUUAGAGGCUCAGCUAAACAAAGUUCACCUCAUGGAGCAGUUUGCUAAGGGCCUUACAGAAAAAAAACAUUUUGACUCGGACAACAUCACCAGCAAGUGCCGGAGUAUCCAGCUUAGAGAUUGGAGCCUUGCAUUGCCACAACAAGAGCAGCGCAUCUCAGCCGCGGCCCAGUGCAUCCCCAGAUCUCCAGUGCCAUCCUUGCAGAGAAAGCCAUCAGACAGAAAUUUCCGAGCUGCAGAGAAGAGGCCACAGCAGAACAAGCCUGCGGUCUUGCCUAAGCAAGGGAUUCAGAUGCAAGAGGGAAAGAUGAACAGUGCAGACACUAUCCUGUCCCCAGUAAGGCGGUCAGUGAAGUCUCCCUUAAGUCCUGAGCCCAGUCUUACCUCCCCAAAACCGCUGGGCUUGCAAAUGGGCAAAGCUCAAACCACAUCAUCUUUUCUGAGAACGGAAGAGUCCCCAAAAAGCCCAACUAAGCCCCCUCUCUUACCCAAGCCCAAACUAACGAAGCCAGAACCAUCUGAAUUGCCAGCUAACACCAAAACCCAGAGCCCACACCGCAUCAGCCCAAUGCCGAGACAACCUAGAUCCAAACUUGGAGAUGCUCAACCACAAGGUACUACUCCGUCUACAAAUGCCAACACCAAACUCUCUCCGGUUUCCGCGGUGUCUACAGUCUACAGAUCUAGCCCCAUCAUGAACCCUGUCACCCCACAAUCACCCACAACCCUUAAAGAAAAUCUCCAGGCCAAACCUUCUUCAGACUCUAAUCCUGCAGGUAUUCAUGAUCCUUCACAGCAAAUGAGGACGCUAAGAGCAGCAAAGGAGCACCAGUCUACUCCUUCAGCAGGGCAAGAAGAGGUAAAUAUGGAUGCUAGGCAGAUGGAAGGGUUUCUGCAAGUGUCAUUCAGUGGGCUGCCUGGAAAAGCUAAGGGAUCAUCUGACUCUUGGAACCUGAACUUUGUUGUCUUGGAGAAGCAGAGCCUCCUCUUGUGCCAGGAUCGUCAAGAAGCAAUGAGAGGUUUGUCCACAUGUCGGAGGAUUGACAUUGACGGUGCCAGGUGUGGGAUUGUACAGGACCAGGAGGACAAGGAAAACACCUUCAGACUCCGACUAAGAAAUGGCGAUCAGUAUCUGUUUGCUGCCCCUAGCAAAGAGCUCCUAAAUGACUGGAUGUUAAAACUUCAAAGGAACUUGGAGUCUGCAGUGACACUUACUUCUGGUGACGGUUCCCAAAGUGGCCAAGGAGAGUUUCCUCCCAAAGUCCCCAAGAGACUAACUGUCAGACGGUCUGUCUCAGAGCAAAACCCUUCAAAUGAUGUGACCUCCAGUCUUCAUUCCUCCCAAUCAGAAGGUCCCCCUGAGAGGCAGAAUGGCACAAAGGACAUCCUUCCAAGCAUUGCACCAGAUCACACACUGAAGCAAAUCCAGAAAGGUUCAGAAGAGGUUGGAGCGAAUGAAGAAGACUCUGGACUUGGCCCCCAAGCAUCUCCCAUUCUGAGACACCCCAACUCCACCGUCUUUCGAGUGCCCACCAUUGCAGCUCCACAGGAUGUCUCAUCUACCAUGGCACGAACAGUUCCCAAUAAAAGGAAAGCCCCUGAGCGACCGCUGGCAGUGCCUGAGCAGAAUAUUGUGAAUGACAGCACAGGGACAGCAGUGACAAAGGAGCCUCCUACCAAACCUCCACACACAUACUAUAACAUCCAUCAGUACCCGGCUGGAGGAGAAGUGCAUGCUUUUGGUACAAGCGACACGGCAACACAUGGCGCUACAGGCCUGACGUCUCCAGGAGACCAGAAGACUGAACCGACGCUCCAGCCCAGCCUUUCCAACUGGCGUCAAGCAGAGAGCAGUCCAAAAGAUAAGAGCAAGAAGGACAAAGGCGUUUUCAAGAAGCUGUUUAAGAAGUGAGGAGUGCCAGGCCUGUGGUGAGUGCAAACUCAGGGCUGCCACCUGCAGGUGACAAGCUGAAUUGUCCAGAACGCUGUCUGUGGUGACAUGCAUUUUCACUUCCCACCACUCCGAGUAACAGCCGAAGCGACUCCUUUCCAAGGAAGGCUCUCUACUGUGAGCAAGGUGCUGGAUUUGAAUUCCUUAUGUCUUUAACAUUUUUAACUGCCCUUCUCAUUUUUGAUUAAGAAUAUAUUUUUUCAAAAUGAUAAAAAAAAAACAAAAACUGGAAAAACAAAAAUUUUUUAAAUUAUCAAAGAGAUAAUCAAGAGGUGACCUGGCUGGUUUAUACCUCCUGGACUGUAAUCAUUUAAAUAGUAAAACCGGUGCUGAAAUUUAAUGUAAAAAGUGUCAAUCAAAUAAAAUGUUAUUUUAAAAGGGGAAAGCUUUAUUCGAAAAUAAGUGAUUUGAGGAGUAGGCCGCAC